AUGUGGAAAGUUGUGUUGUGUAUGUGUGUGGCGAGCUGGGGCCUGGGCGAGGCCCAGCUUUCCCUCCCUCUUCCCCAGCUUGAUCUUCAAAGCGUCAGUAAAGAGAUGAUGCAGGAAAUUGCCGAGGCUAUUAACUUGAACGUGAAAUUGCUAAUACCGAGUAUCAAUAUCUCGUAUUUGUCGCAUUAUGAGUUUGAUAUGCGCGGUAUGGGUCCACUGUACAACCAUACCGAGGAGUUCAUUGAUGUCAUCGCAAACUCGGAUGCCUAUCCUGAAGGUACUGACAUGAGCCAUUAUUUAUCCUUAGAUAUAUUUGAGUUUAAGAUGAUUACUUUAAGCAAGCAAACAAUAUAUUUAUUUAAGUACUUAGAAGCUAAUAAUAGUAAUAUUACACACUUCACAGCAUUACAUAUUCAGGACAAAACUAGGCAUAGCAUGUACAACAACUUUUAG